AUGGCUACACUCGCCGCCAACGAUCAGGAAAAUGCUGUGCGCCAUCUGCAGGCGGGCGGUGCCGGCAAGUCGCUCAAUGCUGGACUGAAGGGAUUCAAUGCGAAAACACCAGGAAACAAGGCGCCUAAGACGCCAUUCAAGGUGCCGCUCAACGACGAGAAUGCCGUGAACAAGGCAGGGAAAUCUGUCUUGAAAACCAACAGCAAAGGGAACGAGAAUUUGCUCUUCACGAGCCAGAAGGGCGCGAAGCUGGAUGCAAAUGCCUUUGUUACCCCAGCUGGCCCACGAACGCGCGCGCCGCUGGGUAUGAAGACGACCAAUGCCAAGUCCAGAGCUUUCCAGACGCCAGCACCGCUAUCUUCAGCAGGCAAGACACAGAAAGUCAGUCCUCGUCUACGUCGGCCCAAAGUCAAGGUGCACCAGCCAGCAGCCGAGCACGAGUCAGAAGAUGAUGUGCCGGAAAUUGAGUACAUGCCUCCCAAGGAAAUUCCCCUCGAGGAUGACAUGGACGACUACCUCCCCAAGGACUGGACCAUCCCCAAGAUUGACGACAUGGCCAUGCGUCGCGGUAUUUGGGAGGCCUGUCACAAUCCCAUCGAAGAUGAUGGUCGGACACGCAAACAGCGAGAGUUUGAGGAAGAAUUCCAGCGGUCGCGCAAGCAGCGCGAUGAAGAGUUCGACAAGGUCUUUGAAGCUCAAAUGGCUGAAGAAGACGCCGAAGUAAGGCGGUAUCUGGGCAUCGAGGAACCCAAGGAGGCCCUAAAGCCGGUCCCCAACGCUGCACCCAAGAGAAUGAAGAGCGGUCUCUCCACCAUCAGGGCUCGAUCAGCAGCAGCAGCACUCUCAUCGGUAUCCAAGCCCUCCCGAGCUGCACCUGUGGUUUCUGCAAAGUCUCGAGUUCCCACCGGCCUGAUCGCAAGCAAAAAAACCACCAAGCCCCUCGCAGAGUGCAAUACAGCCCGUCAAGCCAUAGCAGUCACGGCCUCUAAGAGCACAAUCGGCUACGCGCAGGGUCGCAUGGGCCGCACUCCCUCAGCCACUCGCAUGCCCCUAUCCAACGUGACCAAGCCCCCACCUUUCUCCGUCGCAGCUCGACGACCAGCGACAGCAUCAUCGAUCCAUCAACGUAGCACAAGUGCCGGAACGGUUCCUCCUCGUUUCCGCGGCCCCAUGUCUCACUGUAGCUCAACGUCGACCAACGCUACUCUAGUCACGUCUACGUCUCAGGAGCAAGCCUAUCGGACCGCAGCAGACAUUGAGCGUGAUCUCGAGUUAAUGAUCCUCUCGCGUUCAGAUGAUGAAGAGGACGAGGCCUGGGGUAGGAGCUUUGGCGAUCAGUUGCUAGGUCAUGAUGUUCUGGACGAGGAUCUCGAGGAUUUUGAGUUCCAACUUCCCGAGGGCUUCUAA